CCGUAAAAAAAUAUUUGUGACGGAUGAACUUCCAUCUACCUCAGUUAUAAUUACAUUCCACAACGAAGCCAGAUCAACCUUAUUAAGGACAGUUGUCAGCGUCUUGAACCGAAGUCCGGAACACCUAAUAAAAGAAAUUAUUCUUGUGGAUGACUUCAGCGACAACCCUACCGACGGCGAAGAAUUGGCAAAAAUUCAAAAAGUAAGAGUUCUAAGGAACGAUAAAAGGGAAGGAUUGAUGAGGUCAAGGGUAAAAGGUGCUGAUGCCGCAACUGCUUCGGUUUUGACGUUUUUAGAUAGCCACUGCGAGUGCAACGCUAAUUGGUUGGAGCCGUUACUCGAAAGAGUUGUUGAAGACCCCACUAGGGUUGUUUGUCCUGUGAUAGAUGUUAUUAGUAUGGAUACUUUUCAGUAUAUUGGUGCAUCUGCCGAUUUACGAGGUGGGUUUGAUUGGAAUCUAGUCUUUAAAUGGGAGUAUCUAAGUUAUGCUGACCGAGAAUCUCGACAGAAAGAUCCUACACAGCCUAUAAGAACGCCAAUGAUAGCAGGCGGAUUAUUCGUUAUUAAUAAGGCAUAUUUCGAAAAGCUGGGAAAAUAUGAUAUGAAAAUGGAUGUAUGGGGAGGAGAAAACUUGGAAAUAUCUUUUAGGGUAUGGCAGUGUGGAGGCAGUUUGGAAAUAAUACCAUGUAGUAGGGUGGGUCAUGUAUUUAGAAAAAGACACCCUUACACAUUCCCAGGAGGUAGUGGUACAGUAUUUGCAAGGAAUACUAGGCGAGCUGCAGAAGUCUGGAUGGACGAAUUUAAAAAUUAUUAUUACGCUUCAGUUCCUCUAGCCAAGAGUGUAAACUUUGGGGAUAUCAGUGAUCGUCUCGAACUUAAAGAACGACUGCAGUGCAAGCCAUUUAAGUGGUACUUAAAAAAUGUUUAUCCAGAAUUGAGUGUGCCUCAAGUUACUACUUCACGGUACGGCCAAAUUCGUCAAGGCGCUUACUGCUUGGACACUAUGGGCCAUUUGUUAGAUGGAAUUGUAGGAUUGUACCAGUGUCAUCAUACUGGUGGAAACCAAGAAUGGGGAUUAACCAAUACGGGACUUCUACGGCAUCAUGAUCUUUGUUUAACAGUAUUUAAUUUUGCUAAAGUGGGAUCCCAGGUGGUUAUGCGAAUAUGCGACGGUUCUGCUGAACAAAAAUGGCAUUUGAUCGCACCCGAUGGUCUUCUUCGUAAUUCUAAAUAUCCACUUUGUCUAGACUCUCGAUUUACAGACACAAAAGGCAUUACAGCGGAAAGAUGUAGUAGCAGUUUAGAUUCUCAAAGAUGGCAGUUAACAGGAAGAUCUUAAACGACGUAUUAAGUGGAUCACGGAACUUAAAUAAUACAGUAAUUUGCGAAAGAUAAUGUUACGAGAAAAAUGAAAAUACUGGGUCUGAUUUUAGGUAUUGUAGGUCAUGAGAUCUCUCGAUUUUUAUGAGACGUUUAGGAAAUAUGCUUACAUGAUAAUCAAAAUAUUUAGUAGACAAUUUGGUAAAUCUAUAUGGUGUCAAUAACGCUCCUGGCAAUGACAAACGAAGACCGGAGAUUCCUCAGAUGAUUUUAAGACAAUUUAACCCAAUUCACCUAGUCCGAAAAUGCUUCCUAAGGGAGCUAGAGGUCUUUGAAGAUGGCGUCUUGUAAUUAGUUUUUUUUUAAUACCUCCAGAACGCUUCUAUUUAGAAAAACGAAAAAUGGUACGCUUAUUUAACUUCUAUAGAUAAAUCGAUUCCAUCGAAUGCGAAUUUCUAUUACCGGUCAUUAGCCUCCGUUUUGGGUAGCUUAACGGUUAUUUUAUCGCAUAACUUUUUUGUCUUUAACUUUUAAACAUUUUUGACGCUGGAUUAUUAAAUUGUGAGGUAUUCUGGUGCUAAAUAGACCAGGGCGCAUCUGUAAAAAUAUUAGUACAUUUGGACGUUAAGAGGUGACUCAAUUUUUUUUGCAGAAAUUGCUUUAAAAGAACUCAAAUAAUAAUAUUUGAGUUAUCCUCCCACUCAAAAAG